GAUCAGCGCAUGUGUUUAUUAUAUCAAAGAAAACUCAAAAUAUUCGUCUCAAGCAACGGAGGAUUUAAAAUUUUUUUUCUUUUACUCAGGUACUUUAUUGAUAAUACAGUUUGACAUUUAAUUUUAUUCAAAUAGAGUGAUUGAAUAAUUAUUUUCAGCUGAUGGUGAUAAAACUUUAUUCAUUUAAAACUCACUUGUCAGAUUGACAAAAAAAAGAUUUCACAAUAAUUAUUGUGAUGAUAAUAAGUGAUUAAUAAUUACUUAACCUACAAUAUUUGUUAUUCUCAGAAAAUAAAUACUCCGAUUUCGUGUCAUUGAUUUUUAACUCCAAUAUUGACGAGAUCUGAAUUAUGAGUUGACUGUGAUAAUUGGAAAAAUGUUGAUAUAAAUCACUAAACCUUCGAGAGUUGGUCGAUGUAUAUUAAAAGCUCUAGAAUUGGUAAAAUUUUGUAAAAAAAAAAAAAAAAUAAUUAUUACUAUUAUAAUGAUCUAAGAUAAUCAAACACAAAUCAUGAAUUUUGUCGAGCGAUGUCCGGGUAUGUAUUGUGGUCGAGAGUUAUUGUCUGAUGGAAACUGGACAGACUGUGGUGCAUGUCCUCGAGGGUUUCGUACCAACUCAUCGUCAGCAUGUGUACCUUGUGAUGAAAUGCCAAUUUUUUACGACUGGCUGUAUUUAGGAUUUAUGGCAUUACUUGCACUAGUAUUACACUGGUUUUGCAUUGAUAUGGUAGCUUUGAGGCGUAACAUACCUAAAGAAGUUAUUGUUAUUCAUCUGUCAGCUUUAUUAGAGAUUGUUUGUGCAUCACUGAUUACCUUACAAGUGACUAAUCCAGUUGGAAGUUUUGAAAUAAGAUCAUGCAGAGCCAGAAAGCUGUCUGACUGGUAUACUUUGCUGCAUAAUCCUUCUCCAAAUUAUGAGAAUUCAUUGCACUGUACGCAAGAAGCUGUGUAUCCAUUGUAUACAAUGGUUUUUAUUUUUUACUCUCUCAGUGUUACUAUUAUGAUAUUGAUAAGGCCAUUAAUCGUAAGAAAAUUUUUACCUAAACAAGGUAAAUAUUCUAUUUAUGCUGCUCUAUAUUUCUUUCCUAUUCUCGCAUUGUUACAUGCCGUUGGAGGUGGAUUAAUAUACUACUCAUUUCCAUAUAUCACAAUAAUUUUAUCAGUCUUAUCAAAUGCAGCGCAUUUUGCAUUUAAAUUAAACCAGACUAUGAAAUCAUUAUUAUUCAGUUCAAUAUCCGAUGUAAGAAACGUUAUUGUAAUCCUUGGACACUGGUUGUUACAUGGAUACGGAAUAAUGGCAGUAGCAACAUUACGUGGUGUAAAUAUUCAUCCUAUGAUGCUUCUUUUAGUACCUUUACCAGCACUUUUCUACAUACUUACUGCAAGGUUUACUGAUCCCCAUAAACUUCAUGCUGAAUAAUGUACCAAGUAAUUUAGGAUAGGACUUUAUUUAUUAUUUGUUGUGUUUUUUAAAUUAUAUUUAAAUAUAUAAAUUUUAUAUUAAUGCUGUGGUUAAUAUUUUAUUAUCAUUUUGGCUAAUUAAAUAUACUUGAGCCACAAAUUUGAGUAAAUGCAUUUAUAUUAUCAUAUGGUAUUCGAAUAUCACUCAUGAACACUAAUUCUUCUUUUCUGGUACGAAUGACAGCACCAAAGUACUCUUCUUGGAUAAUGGAAUUUUAUCCGAUGGAUAUUGUGCUCUAAAAAAUAAUAAAAUUAUAUUUAUUUUAUUUUAGAUCUUUUGCAAAUAAAAAUUAAAUUAAAUAGAAUA